AUGGAUCUUUCUUUCUUUUUCAAUUCGGAUCCUACACACAAGAAACAAGAUCUUUGUGUCAAAUUUGAGCAAGGGCAGCCGCAAGUUCGAGACAAGAACUUUGGUUUGGUUUUGAAGGUUCAAGAUUUGGAAAGGUUGAGAACAAGAUUUUCAAGAACCCUUGUUUUCCCACCCAAGAACUUCAAGAUUCAAUCAAAAUUUCCAGAUUUCAAGAGUUUGAACAACAAUAUCCAACAAAAACUUGGCAGCCCACGAAAAUGCAAGAAACUACAAAACCCUAGCGUAAUUUCCAAGAAAAACCCUAACACCAAUUUUCAAGAAGUUCAAGAUAUCAAAUUUGUAGCCCAAGAACUUCAAGAUUCAAUCCCCACAAUAUCCAACUCUACAAAGUUGACUGAUAUUUGGAAGUCACAAUCAGACUUCUGCAAUGCUUUUGGUGGAGCUUCUGACGAUAAUUCAGUAUGCUUUGCUGGUGAACCUGUAAACCUUAACAGUACUGGAACUUCAAUCCCUCCAAGUGGUUUGUGCCUCGAAAAAAUUGGAAAUGGUUCAUAUCUAAACAUGGUUGCUCAUCCAGACGGCUCCAACCGUGCUUUUUUCUCAAACCAACCAGGCAUGAUUUGGUUGGCCACCAUACCCAAACAGGGUUCAGGAGGUGUAAUGCAGCUUGAUGAGGCCAAUCCCUUUCUAGAUUUAACUGACGAAGUUACCUUUGAUACUGCAUUUGGGAUGAUGGGCAUUGCAGUUCAUCCAAACUUCUUAACAAAUGGACGAUUCUUUGCUUCGUUCAAUUGUGAUAAGACAAAGUGGCCUGCUUGUGGAGGAAGAUGUGCUUGUAACUCGGAUGUGAACUGUGAUGCUUCACAACUACCUCCUGAUAGUGGCUCCUUUCCAUGCCAAUAUCAAAGUGUAGUAGCAGAGUUUACAGUUAACGGUACCGCAUCCCAGCCCUCCUUGGCAAAAACUGCCCAACCAUCAGAAGUUAGAAGGAUAUUUACCAUGGGUCUUCCCUUUACGGCCCAUCAUGCAGGCCAGAUUCUUUUUGGACCAACGGAUGGAUAUUUGUACUUCAUGAUGGGGGAUGGUGGAAAUUCAGGCGAUCCAUACAAUUUUUCACAAAACAAGAAAUCCCUACUCGGGAAAAUCAUGCGGCUUGAUGUUGAUAACAUACCAAGUGCUGCAGAAAUCAGUCAGCUUUCUCUAUGGGGAAACUACUCAAUCCCCAGAGAUAAUCCUUACACUGAAGAUAAAGAAUUGCAACCAGAAAUUUGGGCCCUAGGCUUCAGAAAUCCUUGGCGUUGUAGUUUUGAUUCUGUGAGGCCUUCUUAUUUCAUGUGUGCUGAUGUAGGCCAGGAUACGUAUGAAGAAGUGGAUCUGGUCAUGAAGAAUGGAAACUAUGGAUGGCAUGUGUACGAGGGCCCUAAUCUUUUCAAUCCUCCAAAAUCACCUGGAGGAAAUACAUCAGCAAAAUCUAUAAACCCCAUUUUCCCCGUGAUGGGAUACAACCACUCAGCUGUGAACAAGAAUGAGGGCUCAGCAUCAAUCACAGGAGGAUAUUUCUACCGAGCAGAGACUGAUCCUUGCACAUACGGAAUGUAUCUGUAUGCAGAUCUUUAUGCAGGAGCUCUGUGGGCUGGCAUUGAAAGCCCUGAAAACAGUGGGAACUUUACCUCCAACCUGAUCCCCUUUACUUGUGCUCAUGAUUCACCCAUAAGUUGCACCUUUGUACCUGGAAGUACACUUCCGGCAUUGGGAUACAUCUAUUCCUUUGGUGAGGAUAACAGCAAGGACGUUUACAUCCUUGCAAGCAGUGGUGUCUACAGGGUUGUUCCUCCAAGUCGGUGCAAGUACACUUGUUCAAAAGAAAAUACCACAGCUGAGGUGACUACUGGUCCUGCUCCAUCCCCCCUUCUGGUGCAACCAAGUUAACCAAUCCAUAUGUGAAUUUGGUGUUCUUACGUGUAUCCCUUUGGUUGCUUUGCUUAUUAUAGCAUAUUUGCAGUCAUCUUUUGUGUUACGUGGAGAGACGAGUUGGGCUGCUUUUUGGUUUGAGAGGACUUAUGAUUCUUCUUUGAUUAAUCUGUGUUCUUGCUUUUGGGAUGAUUCAUUUUUCUGAGUUUGAUUGGAAUUAAGCUAUUCUAUGAGGUUCAAAGCCCAA